GUGCAAGUGAAAGUGUAGGAAAACAUAUGCUUGAAGCCUGCAACAAUAAUCUGGAGAUGGCAGUUACUAUGUUUUUGGAUGGUGGAGGAAUCGCUGAAGAGCCCAGUACCAGUUCAGCAAGUGUCUCUACUGUCAGACCACAUACAGAAGAAGAAGUCCGUGCUCCAAUUCCUCAGAAGCAGGAAAUAUUGGUGGAACCAGAACCAUUGUUUGGUGCUCCUAAAAGACGACGGCCUGCACGUUCGAUAUUUGAUGGUUUCCGAGAUUUUCAAACUGAAACUAUUCGACAAGAACAGGAAUUAAGAAAUGGAGGAGCAAUAGAUAAGAAACUAACUACCCUUGCAGAUCUGUUCCGGCCACCCAUUGACUUGAUGCAUAAAGGCAGCUUUGAAACAGCCAAAGAGUGUGGCCAAAUGCAGAAUAAGUGGCUAAUGAUAAACAUUCAAAAUGUGCAAGACUUUGCAUGCCAGUGCCUCAACCGUGAUGUGUGGAGUAAUGAAGCUGUGAAGAAUAUUAUCCGGGAGCAUUUCAUUUUCUGGCAGGUUUAUCAUGACAGUGAGGAAGGUCAGAGAUACAUACAGUUUUAUAAGCUAGGGGAUUUCCCCUAUGUUUCCAUCUUGGACCCACGGACAGGUCAGAAGCUAGUAGAAUGGCACCAGUUAGAUGUAUCUUCUUUCUUGGACCAAGUGACGGGAUUUCUGGGUGAACAUGGGCAACUGGAUGGACUUUCUAGCAGUCCCCCCAAAAAAUGUGCCCGUUCAGAGAGCCUUAUAGAUGCAAGUGAAGACAGCCAGCUAGAAGCUGCCAUCAGAGCCUCCUUGCAAGAGACACAUUUUGACUCAACACAGACAAAACAGGAUAGCCGCUCAGAUGAAGAAUCUGAAUCUGAACUUUUUUCUGGCAGUGAGGAGUUCAUAUCUGUUUGUGGCUCUGAUGAAGAAGAGGAGGUAGAGAAUCUUGCCAAGUCCAGAAAGUCUCCCCACAAAGAUUUGGGGCAUAGAAAAGAAGAUAACAGAAGGCCACUGACUGAGCCCCCAGUCAGAACCGAGUCUGGAAUAGCCACAAACCACCAAGGAUUGCCAGCCGUGGAUUCAGAGAUCCUGGAAAUGUCUCCUGAAAAGUCAGAUGGGGUAGUGGAGGAGAUAGAUGUAAAUGGACCAAAAGCACAGUUGAUGUUACGGUAUCCAGAUGGAAAAAGGGAACAAAUCACUCUUCCAGAGCAAGCUAAACUACUAGCUUUAGUGAAGCACGUCCAAUCUAAAGGAUAUCCAAAUGAACGUUUUGAACUUCUCACCAACUUUCCUCGAAGAAAACUGUCUCAUCUGGACUAUGACAUUACAUUACAAGAGGCAGGCCUUUGUCCUCAAGAGACUGUCUUUGUACAGGAAAGAAAUUAACACCAUGGCCUGACCUCUCUCAGCUUACCCCUUUUUUCCCUUUUCCUGUGAGAUACCAUGUCACUAAGUAUGCAUUUUGGCUCAUAGGACCAUAGAGCCAAAGUUGGGCAAGCAACUCUCCUGCCUUCUCUUUCUUUUAUUUCUGUUCUCUCCCCUAAUUAGUCUCUUUGUCCCUCCUCCCCCUAUUUCCUCUCUAUUUUUUCCCACUUUCUUACCUAAUCUGGUGACCAAAUGGAAGCGUAAGGGUAAGACCUCUCCCAGUACUGGCAGCAGGAGGUGUGUGUUCCAAUAAGUGGUCUCUUGCACGGCACUUUUUGGGGAUCAGAGGACGUUACUUCUCAGACUCCUUUGGCAAAGGAAUGGCUAGGUUCAGAAUAAGAACAAUCUCCUUUUUUUCCAAGGCCCCAGGGAGAAAAAUUCUGUAACACGAAUUUUUUUUUUUCAUUUUGUUUUUAAUGUAGGAAAUAUCAUGUAACAAAACAUCUAGGCUUUUGUUUACAUGGAAAAACCAUCCUUUAUAACUGUUGCUGAUCAUAUUUAAUUUUUUAAAAAGAUUCCCAUCUUCCCAGCUAUAAGAAUUAUUUUCAUGAUAUAUAUUAUUUACAGAUGAGUGUUAAAUGUAGGUUAUUUACCGUGGGGUGGCUUUCAAUGUCCUAGCCUGUCUUCAUUAUUAUUCAGUUAGCUAUAUUGAUUCUGCUGGUCCUAGAAUGGACAUUCAGUGAGUGUAUUACGGUGACUGGAAUAGGAAAGUGCUUGCUCUUUGUGCCAGUACAGCGUAUUAUUUCCUUUGGCUCCUCCAUUGUUUGAGUCCUCAGUGAUCUAUGGGAAGGCAACAUUUCAAUAAUCAUGCAGUAAUACCUGGCUUGUAUUGUAAUCACUAUGAUUAUUGAUUGUCCUAUGUGCUUUAAGGCAUACUUAUGUAUGUCCCAGGGGGAAAAGAAAAGCAUGCAGCUGAGAGUUGCUAACCAUGUUUCUUUGGUUAGAAAUAAUGAUUCCUUUUUUAAUCCCUGGUUGGAAUAAUCUCUGAAAGGCUCUGGUGAUUGAUCAAACUUAAUUCCUCAUGCUUUUUUUUUAAUCCCCCCCCCCAAAAAAAACGAAAGCCUUCCUAAGGAGGAAGACCUUUAAACUCAACUUGUAAAACAACUGUUAAUAGGUAGAGGGUGUGGAGAUUAUCAGUAAUCUUCAGAUGUUGUGGGUUUUUCCUACCAACAAAAGUCACAUUCAAAUUGUAGCUGGUGAGAGCUUUUUUCAGUAUUAUUUAGAAAAGGCCAUCUAGUAAUCUAUAUAAUACUGUUUACUUAAUCAGCUCCAUGGUAUGCUCGGUUCUUAUUUUGAGCGUUAAAAUCCUCUGAAGGGAUAAUAGUGAUUCUGGUGGUACAAUCACAACUUUAACUUGUUAUGAAAUCAUAAUAUAGAAUGGAUGUAUUUUGUCAGUUCAGAUUUAGAUGAAUUCUUCUACUUGAGGAACAUAAAUUGCUAUUGCUCAGAGACCUUUAGGUUCUCAUCUGCUUUAAAGUGGAUAUGCACUGGCAUAUUUAUUUUAAGAUUGCUCUCUUGACAACUAGGGGAUUAAGGAACAUGCUAUGUGUUGCUAGUAUGCAAUUUCAGAAUAUGGUUUCUAAUGGUUGGACUUAAAGGGACCCUCCCGAAAGAAUGUGUUGUAUCUCCUCAAGGAAAUCAUGAAAAAUUCUGUUUAUUCUUCAGUGAGUCCUUUUGAAUUAAUGUUCUUACAUUUUUUUCAAAGUCUGUGUAAAUGCUUAUGUAUAAGUAUAUAAUUGUAUAAAUAUUUAUAAAUAUAUUUAUAUAAUUACAAUUUCAAUUAUAACUUGAGUCAAAAGUUCUCUCUCUAGAUUGGUGACUGAGUAAUACCACUUUGGUGUUUUUUCAUAGACUGUCAAAGCUUAACUAGCAGCUUCUGAUUUAUUGAGGAAACAUGUUUUUUAUGUUAAUUUUCCUCAAUUGUAUCUCUGAACUUGGAUAACAUACUUGCUAUCUGAGGACUAGAGCAGUAUAUUGUCAGAGGUGCACUGAAGGGUAAAAGCGUGUUGGUGGUAAAUGAGGUCAGAAUGUAAAAGUGUAGGGAGGUACAGGGUAAGAAGUGAGGAUAUGCUCAGCACUGUGCUGUGCCGGCACCCAGCUCCACUCCCAGCAGUCACAGCUAAGGCCCAAAUCCCUGAGAAGAAAUUUUCCCUGUAGGGCUUUGUUUCAUUCUGUUGCCUACUAGCUUCCUUUUAUAAAAUAUAUCCAGAGUACCUGGGACAACAUGUUCACUAAUGAGAGGAUAUAGUUCUUUUUGGUAUACUCAGUACUGGCAUAUCCACUUAGAAGAAACCAAAGUGACUUUUUCAACUUGGGUUACUGUGAGAUGACUGAGGAUAUAUAAAGUAACUUAAAUAAGAGGGUAUGAUACAUUCAUCCAGCUGAAAUACAGCCAGAAUUUUUAGCAUACAAGAUGUAGAGGAUUGUAUUUUAUUUUGAGGCAGGAGUGUAAUUAUCUUGGGGUGAAUAUUUUGGCCCAGAAGGAGGGGUUGUGUGUUGUACAUGUUGAAAGAGUAAAUAAGGAGUAUUGCCUCGCUCAAGAACUUAAUCACUUAAGGCGUGUUCUUCCUACAGUUUUGCCUUAUUUCCUCCUCAAGUUCCUUUUCUUUUUGGGGGAGAGGUUAAAUGAUUAAAUGCUGUUAGUAAGAUUAAUUAAAAGUAGUCAUUCUUUGGAGUGUUGGAAACAGCUGGAAAGAGUUUAUGGGGAGGGUGGAAAGGAACGACAUAGACUUUGGGAGUGACUAGAGAAAUAUACAGGGAUAUGGAAUGAAAACUAGUGUGAAAAAAGAAUUCAAGAAUACUUUUGAAUUUGAUUUAGGGAAGAACCAGAGAAGAGGAACAGUGCCAAAUGAGGGAAGAACUUGGAACUAACUUAAUCUUCCUAAGAACCCCUCAAAAUGUUUGUAUUUCCCCCCUUUUAUAAAUAAAGAUGAAAACUGAAGUUGAGAGAACUUCUUCAGGAUGUCACAGCUAGUAAGUGGCAAGUCAGAAUUGGAGCCCUAAGCCCAUGCCCUUUCCACUCCCGUUCUGUGUGUUUUACUACAGCAGGGGAAGCAGUUCGCCCAUAAAGGUUAUCUUUCCAUUAUUUGGCUUUACAUAUUUUUCAUUUGAUUUUGUUUCCUUAAAGUUAGAAUAAUGGAGAUAAAAUUUUGGUUUGAACUAUUCCUAUAAAUUCUUACAUCAUUAUUUUGAGCGAUUAUUGAUUAAUCAUUUUUUUUAAAUAAUGCACUAAUGAAAAUAUCUGUGUGGCAUUUUUUGAAAAGGAUAAAAAAGAAUUUUAUCUUUUUAAAAAUAUUUUUCAGAAAAGAUAUCCAUACCAGAUUAUUAAAUCCUUUGAGUAUAGUUUUAAUGUCCUAUAAAAUUCUACUUCCACUCUAUAGUCAGCAGUUAUCUCUUGAGUCCUUAUUAAAAGUUGGAAAUAUUUUAAAAUUUCAGAUCUGAUUCCUGCCUUUUUUUAUCUGGUUAGGGAGAGAUAAUUGGAGAACGUGUAAUGUUUACCUUUCUGGGGGUGGAACUAUAAUUAUAAUAGAAGUUUAGAAAAGGUCAAAGUAGUGUAGUUUUAGUUAGGCAAAUCUUCACAAGAAAAAUAAGAGCGGAAGAUGGCAAACACGGUAGCUCAACCUUUCUUUUGACUCCCCUGUAGUUUCAUCUUAUGUUGCCACUAGAAUUAGGCAGGACGUGAGGCAAAGCAGUACUCAAGUAGGAAAGGAUGAUUGAUCCCCAGGACUAAAGAUUCAUAGGUAGGGAUCUCAGUUAGACACUUAGGAAGGAUAGCACAGGGAGCCACUAGCACCUAAAAAAUAGAAAAGGAUCUAAUUUCUCCACCCAAGUACAAAUUAAAUGUAUAGUAUGUUAUGUGUGAUCUGCAGAAAGGGCGCUCUAUGUAAGUUUAAUGUAGUUAUACACUCAGGUAACAGUUCUGCUACUACAGACAGUUAGUUACCUUGGCAGGUCUCUUCCUUCCUCUGGGUCUUGGGUUCUCUCUAUGAAGAAUGAGAGAAUUGGACUAGAUCAGUAGUUCUUAAUCUUUUCAAGUAAAAGGACUUGUAAUUUUAACAUUUGGCAUGGGUGAGAAGUUGUAGGGUUAAUCAGUAAUACAAUUAAAUCCAUAGAUAAAGAAACAGAAACUGUAGGGACCCAGGGAGUGUUAGACCACUGAAUUAGAUGAACUCUAAAGUCCUUUUCCACUCAAAUUAUAUAAAUUAGUCUCUGUUUCUUUACAGUUUUGCCAGAGGGUGUGUACCCUGCCUGGAGAAAGAGAGCAAGAGCGCCCCCCUCCCCUCAGUGGCGAAUGACCACACCACAAUCUUUGUCCUGUAUUUCUCUCCUUUCAGGGUUUUGGACACACCCACAUGCAGCUGGCAUGUGUCUUAAACUGCUGGGUCCAGGACUUGAACUGUACGGCCAUAUGGGAUCCAACUGCCUUAACUACCGUGCCACUGGCUAGCCCUCACCUCUUUAUUAUGUAUUAUCCUUGGGCUAAUUAAAAGUACACAUGUUAAUCCAUUACUUUGCCUUUUUUUUUUCUCUGUCCAGGUAUCAUUUGCUCAGUAAAUCUCACUGUGAUGACUGAAAUCUCAAAAAAAAAAAAAAAAAAAAA